AUGGUGGCCAAGGGUUUUAAUCAGGUUGCUGGUGAUGACUUUUUUGAGACCUUUAGUUCUGUGGUUAAGCCCACUACGGUACACCUUUUCUUAUCUUUAGCCGUAUCUCGUGGGUGGACUAUUCGCCAGUUGAAUAUUCACAACGCUUUUUUAAAUGGCGAGCUAGCUGAGACUGUUUACAUGCGACAACCACCUAGUUAUGAGGACAAGUCGUUAACUGAUUAUGUGUGUUUGCUUAAAAAAUCUCUAUAUGGGCUCAAACAGGCUCCGCGUGCUUGGUUCACAAGGUUACAUGAUUUUCUUGUCUCUGUGGGAUUCUCGCCCUCAAAGACGGAUGUGUCUCUCUUUAUCUAUUCUCGUGACAAUAUUCGUCUUUAUUUCUUGGUGUAUGUUGAUGACAUUUUGAUUAUGGGUUCUGACUCAGAUCGUGUUACUGCUCUUAUUGAUAAAUUAGCCCUUAAGUUUAAGGAUAUUCUCAAACGUGUUGGUAUGGUGGACUGCACGCCAGUAGUUACGUCCGUCUCUUCUGCGAAAAUCACUGAUGAAGUUGACGUUCCCUACGCCGAUCCUACACAGUAUAGGAGUCUUGCAGGUGCUCUCCAGUAUCUUACGGUAACUCGUCCUGAUUUAUCUUAUGCUGUUAAUCUCUUGUGUCAACACAUGUAUGCUCCCACUACUACGGACUGGGUGUCUCUAAAAAGAGUCCUGCGGUAUGUCAAGGGCACCCUGAAUCUUGGUCUGCGUAUUUCUCGGUCUACAUCUAUGGAUAUUCACGCCUAUUUUGACUCAGAUUGUGCUGGCGAUCCGAAUAAUCGCAAGUCUACUAGUGGCUUUGCUGUGUUCUUGGACAGUAAUCUUAUAUCUUGGCUUUGUCGGAAGCAACGGACUGUGGCACGUUCCUCAACUGAAGCAGAAUACAAGGGACUAGCUGAUGUAUCUGCAGAAGUUACAUGGCUUGUUUCCCUGUUACACGAAAUCGGCAUCCCUCCUGCGUCUCCUCCUUGA